AUGGUUCAAAGGUAUUUUCGGUACAUCUUCCAUGCACUCCCAGUUCUUUCUCGCUCCUUUGUUCUUCGAGACAUUGAAGACUUCGUGAAAAACGCCUCAGUUGGGCUUCUUGCCGCAAUAUACGCACUUUCACUACAAUUCACUGCAUGGGAUGACAUCCUUUGCGUUGACAGUGGCUAUAACAAACCAUCAUCAGAAGAUUUGUGGGGCAUAUCGUAUGCCUGUGUGCAGAGAGAGAUGCACUUCCCGCGUCUAUCAACAAUCCAGACUUCUCUCCUACUCCUCAAUUUCGACCCUUUCGAUCCAGCUUCCGCAGAGAAUCCUUCGGCGUGGGCUUUGGCAAGCUCAACACUAGCCAUUGCUCAGUCUUUGGGGUUAAAUAUGAAUCCAAUAGGCUGGGAUCUACCUAUUUGGGAAAUUCGCCUCCGGCGACGCCUGUGGUGGUGUGUUUUUGUCGAACACAGCUGGCGAGCCGUCACUCAUGGGCGGCAAUCAAUAAUUUCCUACGAUAGCUGGAAUGUGACCCCUCUCGGCUUGGCUGACUUUGAAGUCAACCUGAAUCCUGGAGCCGGAUUUGGGGUGGAUGAUGUUUGCCCGGAUUACUUUAUGCAUCUGAGUUCGCUCACGAUUAUUGCUAACGAUUUGUGUCGGACCUUCUUUCAUUCUUGCCUCGUUCCAUGGCUGUCUCUAUCAAAGGUAUCCUUGAGUUUGCUUUAUCAACGUCCACUAAUUGGCACCGCCAGCUCUCUCCGCUCUGUCUGUCAGCAACAACCUUUGGAGAGCUUGAUAGAUCAGGCUCGAGUGUUUCGCCAGCAACUACAACAGUGGAUCGGUGCACUGCCGGAGUCACUUCACAUGCCAGCACCAGCGCAGACACACUCGGAAACAGAUGAAGAACCAGUCGAUACUCGCGGUAGCUUGCACAUUUCAUACUUUACAGUUCAAAUCCUGCUCUUCCGCGCUCUUUUACGACCAAUACUCGACGACAAAUUAGAGCUGGAUCACAUUCAACCCUCGGUCGCAGCCAUCCUAGACGCAUCGCGAGGCUUGAUCCGCACUGUGACUCGUUUUAUCUACAGCCUCGAUGCUAGACACCAAUCAGCUUUCUGGCCGACAUAUACGAGAUCAUGCUUCUCUUAUCCGGGGCAAUUCAGCUUCAUGCUAUGUUUCCAGCACAGAGAGCCGCAUAUGAUGAUUAAUGACCAAAAGCUCUUGGGUGUUUGGAGACAAACAUUGCGUACACGCGCUCCAUCUUGGCCACUUCUUCGUUUUGCGGCUAUUCGAGUUGAUGGCAUCUUUUGGAAGAACUUGGUCAACGUCGCGGCUGCUUCUCACAAUGUUGACACCUCAACAUGA